CCUCGGGAACGAGCACCGCUGUGGAUUACACCGGCCAGGGAAGAACAGGAGAGACGGGAGCGCCACUAUCUGACAAACCUGACAAGUAACGAACUAGUUUCACACUGUGGUCGGUCGACAGGAAAGUUGCGGGAAUUUAUCCUCACCCUGGACAACUGGAGUGUGUCUCUUUCCUCCCAGGACUGUCUCACACCAGUAGGGAAGCUCUGCUCAGGAAGCCAUGCUAAUAACCAUCUCACUCUAGCGGUGAGCUGCCUCGUGGACAGUCAGAGGCAUCAUGGCGGAACUGCCUAUUGCUCCAGGCCAGGUCUACAUCGAGGUGGAGUACGACUAUGAAUACAAGGCCAAGGACCGCCUCAUUGUCAUCCGCCAGGGGGAAUGCUACAUGUUGGUCAAGAAAACCAACGAGGACUGGUGGCAGGUUAGGAAGGAAGAGGGGACUAAAGCUUUCUAUGUACCUGCUCAGUAUGUCCGUGAAGUCCGCAAAGCCCUCAUGCCACCUCCUAAACCUAUCCCACAUCCUCCCGCUGCCACUGGCAACACACCUCCACAAAGUGGAGGUGCAAUCUGGGUAAAGCCAACCAAUCUGGAGCUGGGACUCCACGACCGGUCCGCUGAGAACCUUCACAGACGUGAGUCAAGCUAUCGGCGCUCACCCUCUGCACAAACUGCCUCGUCUGGAAACUUCAGUCCCCCCAGUCAGCGCAAGGACAGCAACAACCAUUACAACCCCGGCACGCCCACCGACCAUGAGCGAGCUCUGGCUGAAAUCCUCGUCCAGGGUGGGGGCCUCCAGCCCGACCACAAAGGAAAGUCCAGCACUCUGCCCCGCACCCGAGCUCGAUCCCCAGAGCUGGUCAGAGCCCCGCUGGACGUGGACAGCACCCAACACUGUGACUCUGCAGGCGAAGAGCGACGCACCAACGACUCGGAGUCAGGAGACGAACUGAGCAGCAGCUCCACUGAACAUCUCCAGACGGUAUCUUCGUCAGGCCAGGGCUGCCCCGAGUCCCCUGUCUACACCAACCUCCAGGAACUGAAGAUCAGCCAGACCAACAUGCCCCCGUUCCCCUCCGGCUCCCCCCUCCAUGUUCUGGGUGACUGGGAGACCUACAAGGACCAGAACGGCAGGCACUUCUACUACAACCGCUCCUCCCAGGAGAGGACCUGGAAGCCGCCCCGAGCCAAAGACACCAGCAGCGGGAGCUCCAGAGGAGAGCGCCACAGCACGGGAGAGAGCUCUGAGACCACUCCUCUCUCGCUCUCGCCGUCUUUCCUUCCAUUCCUCUCGCUCUCCAUCGGUCGACUGCAGCCUCUGUCGUCGGAGGACACCUGCUUCAGUACCUACUCUAGCCAGUCAGACAGUCAGUAUGGUUCGCCGCCGCGUGGUUGGUCGGAGGAGAUGGACGAGCACGGCCACACGCUGUACGUCAGCGACUAUACUAAUGAGAAGUGGUUAAAACACGUUGACGAGCAGGGCAGACCAUAUUACUACAGUGCAGAUGGUUCAAGGUCAGAAUGGGAGCUGCCAAAGUACACCCUCUCCCCUCACCAGCCGCCUGCAGACGCUCCCAAGAGUCGCAGUCUGGACAGGAAACACGUGGAGCCCAUCGUCCUGACCAAGUGGAGACACAGCGCCUACGUCCAAGACCCCAACGACAAGGACGUGCCUCUGGGUCCAAAACCCCCUUCCCCCGACUCUGACUCCUGCCCUUCAUCUCCCAAGCCCCCCUCCUCUCCAUCUGAAAAGUGCGGCGUUCUGAAUGUGACAAAGAUCACUGAACACGGAAAGAAAGUACGGAAGAACUGGACUUCCUCCUGGACCGUGCUCCAAGGAUCCACGCUGCUGUUUGCCAAAGGCCAAGGAGGCGGGACAAGCUGGUUUGGAGGCGGUCAGUCCAAACCAGAGUUCACUGUGGAUCUGAGGGGCGGCUCGGUGGAAUGGGCUUCCAAGGACAAGUCCAGCAAGAAACAUGUCAUAGAGGUGAAGACUCGGCAGGGCACAGAACUGCUGAUCCAGUCAGAAAAUGAUGGCGUUAUCGCCGAAUGGUACCGAGCGCUGCAGGACACCAUCAGCACCCAUGCCUGGGAGUCUGAUGAGGCCAUUGAAGAGGACCUGCCAGAAUCACCUGGUGCAGAGAAGCACGACAAGGAGAAAGAACACAGAGACUCAAAGAAGGGCAGAGCCAUGAAGACCUCCGCCAGCAUGGACGGCUCCGACAACAAGAAGACCCGACACAAGCUGAAGAAGUUCCUGACCCGCCGCCCGACCCUGCAGGCCGUCAGAGACAAGGGAUACAUCAAAGAUCAGGUGUUUGGCUGCAGUCUGUCCAGUCUGUGUCACAGGGAGAACGGCACAGUGCCGAGCUUUGUUAAGAUGUGCAUCGACCACGUGGAGAACAACGGUCUGUGUAUAGACGGUUUGUACAGAGUUAGUGGAAACCUGGCUGUCAUACAAAAACUACGCUUUGCUGUCAAUCACGAUGAGAAGGUGAACCUGGUAGACGGGAAGUGGGAGGACAUCCACGUGACCACUGGAGCUCUGAAGAUGUACUUCAGGGAGCUGCCGGAACCUCUCUUCACCUACGCUCUCUUCCAUGACUUUGUCAGCGCCAUCAAGAUUCCAGACUACAAGCAUCGAGUUCAGUCCAUCAAAGACCUGGUCAGACAGCUGCCGAAGCCCAACCACGACACCAUGCAGGCUCUCUUCAAACACCUCAGGAAGGUGAUCGACCACGGCGAGGAAAACCGUAUGAACACACAGAGUGUGGCCAUCGUGUUCGGCCCCACGCUGCUGCGGCCUGAAACGGAGACCUGGAACAUGGCGGUCCACAUGGUCUACCAGAACCAGAUAGUGGAGCUAAUACUGCUGGAGUACGAGAACAUUUUUGGCAGGUAGAAAGAGACGCCGGAGGAUGAGCCUCUCUGUUUUUUUCCGCUCCCAACGUAGAGCUCUUCCUAACCUAGCAUGGCCCUGCCGAAAACAGCCCGGCCUGGCUCGGCUCGGUCCAGCCCGGCCCGGGGGCAGCUUCUCUUCAUCUCAAACCAACGUGCGGUCACCGGCUUCUCCAAUCUUGCAACCUAUGGACCAAAGCCACGCAAAUAUGUCGUGAACCAAAACAUAGAUGUAACAAACUAGCGACCAAAAAGUUUUAGACUCUUUGCACUUCUCAGUAUCUCAUUUUCUCCUGCAGCUGCGUUUGUGCCACUUUACCGCAAAGGUGACGGCCUCCUGUCCUGACACUGGAACCCUAAAACUGAUACACGGGCCAAACAAGCCUCUAACUACUGCACAGACUGACUGAGACCAAAGGAGCCUCAGUCGCCGCUUCCACAGAGGAGGCGUCAGUAUUGGAGGUUGGGGGUGGAGGUGCACUCUGUAUGUAGUGUGCUGUAUGUGCUAUGACCUGUAUUGACCAAACUGGGGAACCAACAGAAGAAACCAAACUGCUGUACUAAAGCUUUAGACGUUUAGACACUAAGCAAAGAAACAGAUUCAGAACAAGAAGAAGUAGAAGGGAUGACGUGGAGGUCUUUUAUUUAGGAAUUAUAUGUCGUUAAAGAACAUUAUCUGCUCUCUCUUUCACUUUCUCUUUAUUUUAAAUGUUUGCUCCCCUUCUACCUCUCUCCAUCUCUCUCUGGAUCUGUUUCUCCCUCUUCUUUCCUUCCUGAAAUCCUGAAAUACUGGACCGAGGUCCUCUGAACACAUAGGAGGUUAUCACUCUGUAAUAUAUAUCUGCACGCCAGUUUCUCCAUUUGGCUUUAAGAACAAAUCAUCUCGCAGCACUCAGAACAUCAACAUGGACAAAACAAACAAUGGUACUCAGCUGUGUCUUUCCUUGACUCGCGGUUAUUAAAUGUUCAGGCAAACCUGUGACCAUGACUCCACUGAUAAAUCUGUACAGUGUUUAUGUGUGUGCAUGUGGAUGUGGGGGGGUGGAUGGAUGAAUGGAUUUAAUGACAAUAUAUUGUACAAAUAGUAAAUAUACGUACGAAUGCCUGGAGUGUUAAAAAUAUGAUACAAGGGAGAAAUCACUAUUUUGUGAUCAUUGUGUAACCAACAGAUGUGAGGAAUAAAGUUAUGAACUGGGGAUGUGGAGGUUUACCUGUGCGUCAGGUAAAUGGAAAUUUGUGAAUGUAACUUUGGAGAGUAGCUGUUGGCUUUAUCAAACUGGAAUAAAGACCUCUGAUAAGAGAUAUUCCAAAGGAGAUAUUGUUGAUGCUGUUUUUCUACUUAUUCAUACAUUUGGUGCCCACUCGUGCUGCAGUCGUUCCAUGUCGUUCAGUGUGAAGGUCGAGGACGUGACACUGCCAGAAUUAGAACUGAAAGGUUAGAACGGAUAUAAAGAAAAGAUCAAACUAAUGAACCCCCCAGUCAGAGUCGGAGUCAGAGUCAGUGGAGAAAUGAAAACGGGAAAAAUCUACAUUUCGAGACACUGAGGCAAAGUUCUAAGUCAACAUUACUCAAACUCUGGCUUUCUCAGUUCAGUUUCUUUUUGACUUCCAUGUGCUAUCUUGAUGAUUUACAAAGUCAAAACCUGAACUUCGUAGCUCAUAAUUGACAUACUGCAUUAUGAUUUUGACUGAGUUCUUAUCAUAUCGACUUUAGAUUUGAUAAAUUUUACUGAAUAUCCCAUAUUUGACUUCCCAUGUUGUAACUUAAAUUUAGUUAAAAAAAAUAGAAUUAUGAC